AUGACGGGGAACGGUAAAGAUAGAGAGGUGCAUAAAAGUCCUUCUGUUAGUACUUUGAAGCUCUUGGGGAAGCGUCUCUUCAAUUCGAGCAGCCACACUGAUAACUCUUCAUUGCUGCUCAGUGCUGAGCAAUUGGGCAACGGGAGAAGUCUAAGGAAAAGACCAACGUCUCCAUCUAUUGGUGGCGCUAGUAGUGGUGGCAAUUCACCUUCCUCUUCUGCUGGUGCUCGGCAAAGAUCUGCAUCUUUGCAUAAGAAGAAGAACAAUGCUUCAGCGGGGUUUUCAAAUGGACCUGUGUCCUCGCAUAAGUCCUCUGCUGCAUUACAAGACCUGAUCAAACAUAGUAAUAACCCCUAUUUAAACUCUCCCUCGGAUAUAUUAGGGACAGGAACUGGUAUUGCCUCGACAAGAGAUAGGGAUAGAACUUUUUUGGAUAGAGAAAAGGAGAAAGAGAGGGCAAGAGACAAAGAAAGAAAUACGCAUCAUGCGGGCUUACCUCAAAGAUCUAACAGCAUGGCCAGUCACCAUUUCCCCAAUGAAAACAUUAUUUACAAUCCCUACGGUAUAAGCCCAAACCAUGCUAGACCGGACACUGCAUUUGCCGACACUCUUAACAUGAAAAACGAGAACGAUUUAAGUUUUUACAUGCAUGAUGGUAACAGCAAGAUACGGAUGCUGCCGCUUCCAAUUGCCAACCCGAAUGAUUUUUUGCCCGAAGAUAUGAAACAAUAUAGUGUUCAUUUAACAGAUAACUUCGCAUUUGACACGGAUAAUAAACCUAUCGGUUCGGGUGGGUCUAGUGAAGUUAGAAAAGUUAAAUCAAGUUACAGGCAAAAGGGGAUUUACGCUUUGAAGAAACUGAACAUGAUAUACCACGAGUCUCCCGAGAAGUUCUACAAAAGAUGUUCCAAAGAAUUCAUUAUUGCCAAGCAUUUAAGUCAUAACGUCCACAUCACGAAAACGUUCUACCUUCUGAAAGUUCCUACCACCACAUAUACAACUCGUGGCUGGGGAUUCAUCAUGGAACUAGGUGUGAAAGACCUUUUCCAACUAAUGGAGAGAACAGGCUGGAAAAACGUGCCCUUUAGUGAGAAAUAUUGCCUUUUCAAACAAGUGGCUCAAGGUGUCAAGUUUUGUCACGACAAUGGUAUUGCUCAUCGUGAUUUGAAGCCUGAGAACGUCUUGAUUUCCAAAGAGGGUGUGUGUAAAUUGACAGAUUUUGGUAUUUCUGAUUGGUACCAUGUGGUGCCCCAUGACUACACUAGUCCAGUGAAGACUUGCCAAGGUAUGAUUGGUUCUCCGCCAUAUACUCCACCAGAAGUCAUGUAUUUUGAUGCUAAAAAGCAUUAUCCCGAAAGAUUCCAAAAACCUUAUGAUCCAUUGGCGAUGGAUUCAUAUGCCCUUGGGGUAAUGCUAAUCACCAUGAUCAACAACAUCAUUCCUUUCAUCGAUUCUUGUAACACGGACGCGAGAUUCAGGGAAUUCGAAGUGUCAUAUGACAAUUUCAUCAAUCACCAAAAUCCUCAUUUUAGGGACAAGGGCUGCCACAAGCAAGGCCCCGGUUCCGAAUACUCUUUAGCAAGGAAUUUCAAAAACACUGAUGCUACCCGCAUUGCAUGGAGAUUGGCUGAUCCCAACCCUGCGACCAGAUACACAAUGGAUGAUUUAUUUGAAGACCCAUUUUUUCAGCAAAUUGAAACGUGCGUCGAGCCUGAUGACGAUGAUUUAGUAAGGGCUCCUGAAUUAAGAAAAAGUACCUCUGUAAGUGAUUUUACUGAGAAUUCAUUAGAUGCUUCACCCGAGCAAGAAACCAUUCACACUUCGAAUCCAUUCCUGAAAAAGGAAGCUAUCACUAGUAAACCGAGAUCGAUGUUGGAAAUUGCGCAAUCUCCUUCCCUGAGACAGAAAUCCAAAGUAAAAGGCAACACGAAGGCUAAACCCCAUGAUGGUGCGGAUGAGGAAGAUCAAAGAAGCAUCAAAUCUAAGCAACAAGAACACAGUGAAGAUUUGAAUGAAGAUGAAGAAAGGGACGAAACAAUGGAAGACGCCUUGAAUAACGUUGACAGCUUAUUAGAAAAGCCGACGCCUACUUCCACAAAAAUCGAGAACAUCCCAAGCGAAGAGGAUUCUACAAGAAAAGAGUUGAAAUCGAUGCUAAAUUCCAUUCCUGCCACGCCAACACAUAACGGUCCAACCCCAGUCCCUGCAAAUGCCGUCACUUCACUGGAUAAACGCAUGAGCGACUUAUCACUCAAGUCCGAAACAUCAGCUUCCACGAAGAACUUUGGCCCACCUGAUGUGUCCUCAUCAAGCAAUUCACUGAGAAGUCUCGGAAGUCCAGGCGGGCCCUCCUCGAAAAAGAAGAAUGUCGUUCAUCACCACCUGGAUAUCACGAACAGCGUUACAAAUAUGUCAUCGGUGAGCGCCUUUAUUUCAAGAUAA